UUCCUCAGAUCAUGUCAAGCGAAGGCCACUCUGAAGCAUCGGCGGGAUCUUCAGAGCCUGGUUUGCCUCGGGCCAAGUUUUCCAAUCAUUUGUACCACGAUACCGAAGAGAAAUUCCCUUUACUUUCAUCGGCAUCUCGUAUAAGGUCGCCAGGGCUCGCAGCAUGGAAGGAGUCGCCGCAAUCCCCAGGUCAGCAAGAUGUUAUCUACGACACCUAUGUUUCACUGGCGCCUGCGCAUAAAUCGAGUCUGCCAGGUCGAAAACGCCGGAUUCCGUCAUCGCACCUGGCGAGAGAGCCCCUUUCCAGUCCACUGAAGCGACGAAAAACUGCUCCGCCAGCUACCAACAGUGAUUCAGCGCAAUGGAAUUCGGAGAGUCUAUUAGGAGACGAAGACAAUCGACCGAGUUCCGCGAGAUAUGCGGAUGACGAACAGUCGCCCUCGCCUUCUCGACCGCUCUCGACCUAUAAACGGCGGAUUCGGUUGCUCCCUUCAAAAGGCUAUUAUUCCGACCAAUACCGUCAUCUGCUGAACCAGGAGAUCACGCGUGCCGCAAAUCCGUUCGCAGAUUUCGAUAUCCGUGGGCUGAAACCAUCUCGAAUUGGCGCAACUACAUGGUCUGCGGCAGAAAAGGCGGCCUUCUUCAAGGCUCUGGAGUUGAAAGGCCGAAGAAAUUUGCCCGAGAUUGUUAAGAUUGUGAAUCUCGUCAAACAACAGCAAGAUUUCGAAGAGUAUUCGGACUCCGACUCCACGACUCCCCCAUCCGAAUCCAACGGCCAACGGGUGCCCCCGCAAAAUAUUUCUCUUAAUGUUCGAGAUGAGUCUACGGGAGGGCAGGAUGAUUAUGCGAGCGGCCAGUCUACCGACGAACAUUCCACCCAUCCUGAUAUCGGGCUCAAUAACACCGGCAAAGGGAAGAGGAAAGAGCGCUCACGAGAAGGAGAUGGUUCGAACGUGGACGGGCGUGAUAGCGAGCUAGGGGAUACCAUCAAAGACGGGGGGAACCAACGCGGAAUUGAAAAAGACAGGUCUCGCCUAAACUCUUGGGUUCAUCAGCUGCAACAACACACCGGGACCGAGAAGGAUGCGAAUCAGGGCAAUGAAACCCGCACCGACGAAGAACAUUCCUACGACGCCGACACGGAGGGUUAUUGGGCAACAUACCCAGCAACCGAUGUCUCUUCCUCGGAUGAGAGUUGGAAAUUAUACAACGACGGUGUUGGAGAAGCAACAGGCAAAAACCCUUUCGAGUGCGAGAGCUACGCACAGUUUCUAGAAUCCUGGCUUCGGACCGUACAUGUGGACCCACUUGCGGAUGAUCUCAAACCACUUUGGGAGGAGGUCGACGACAUCCUGCUUCCAUAUCGUGAUCUUCCAGCGGCGUUCGAGAUGAACGGGAUUGCCGAAGAUGCCUUAGACCGUGCCGCGGAGAGUCUGCAGGUCCGUGUUUGGCAUAAAGAGCGAAAGGACGAGAUCAAGAAGUAUGGCGAUGUUGCUGUUUUGACAUCCGACAUUGCGGCAGAGAUCGAGGGUUUGAUGCCGAGCGAGAAUGCACGGAUGCGAGCGGAGAUGAAUGAGGAGGAAGUUGGCGAAGACGGUGUUCUGGGUGCAGCUUCAUGGGCUCGUGGAGAAUACUGGCUCCCGCAAACCUUGGAACAGGCGAAGUCCUACGCUCAGGAAGGGCGAACAUUGUUGGAUAAGAUUCCUGCCGCGAGAGUACUUAACCUUCAACGAUUUCUAGAAUUGUCCCGGAACGUCUUCAUGAACCCGAGAAGGGAGAUAGAAAUCUGCAAUUGGCGGGAAGUUGCACAAGGAGAUGAAGAACCGUCGAUCUUGUAUUCGGCCUUUGAAGACUUUUCCCGGGUGGUCCUCAUGAUCACCAAACGAGUGGUUCAGGCGGCGAUAUACAGAGCUCGGGAGCGCAUAGCUCAGUUCAGACCGGCGGACACCAAGAGCUACAAACCAUGCAUCCGCAAGGAAGACGUGUGGGAUGCUCUCGACCUGGUCGGCAUGGAUGCAAAGCGGGACUGGCAGGACAAAUAUCGCAAUAAAUACUGGCUCAACUUACCUCGCCGCUGCGGGUUGGUGGUGUACUGGCGGACUGCCGACAUGCACAGCAAGUCCCUCAGCAAGCCAUUGACAGACGAUCAGGUCGCGGUGGCUUUGCGCAGUACCAGGAAAAGAAUCCCCGAUCCACGGCUGGACUACCGAAAUCAACUCCCGAAGAAAAAACGACGAAGCUCAAGAGUUCGACGGCGAGAUACCCCAGACCAUUACACCGAAUUCAUUGUCCCUGGGACAAUCCAACGAUUGCACGACUUGUAUCCUGACGAGAACGACGUUCGAGUCCAUCCAGCUGCGCCGUCGGGGGCGCCACCCGCGCCACAGUACGGGUUUUCUGGCCCUCCAUUCUUGCCGGGAGAUCCGGAUCCGGACACGAUGUCUGACAUCGAGGAGACUCAUGCGUCCGAACCAUCCGACAUGAACUCGGAUACCCAAGCCAACAUCCACGACAACGAGGAGUCUCACCGAGAACAGCAACACCUCCUGGAACUACUGCAAAUCCGCCCGGAGCUGCAUCCCUCGCCACAGGAGUUCCACCCGCCAUCGGAACCGAUAAUCACCGAGAAGACAGAGGAAGAUUUUCGUUUGGAUGACUGGUACCAUCGCACUGCCUACAAGGCCGAGUGGGAGCGACGAUGGCGGGGAAGGCGGCUUGGUUCAACGUCCGACACGGGUCCGUCGGUUCAUGAGAGAGAUACGAGUGAAGAGAGGGGGUUGCGGAGGAGGAAUAAGGCAGCGGAGCUUUCAUCCGCUCCUUCGACCCCUUCGGGAUGGGCUAGGUCAGCAUCCUCGACUGUCGUUACGCCAAGAAGAAGAAGGAGAAGAGUGUCGACAAGCGUGACUGAAGAGAGAGUCCUGCCCAGCAUCGAGCAAGGAUCCGGUGACCUUAACUCGGACAGCGACGAAUCAAUGCUGGAGGCAACGAGUCAAGUUGUAACUCCGAGAUCGUUGUCGCGACGGGGUGCGCGGGAACGGGCAACGAGUGCCAUCUCCUCGACGUAUGAAGCGUACCCCGAGGACGAUUCCAAUCCGUCUGGGUCGGGAGAUGAUUUCAUAGACGAUUGAUGAUAAUGAAGAAGACGAGCAAGAUGACUUGGAUGGGCGUGACGAAUGAGCGUUAAACAUAGUCUACAAAGUAUUCAUAAUUCUCCAUCGAUAUAUUCCCCUGGGCACUCUCUUUAGCUUUGUUGUCUGGAAUCAUCGUGACAAAUGUGGUGUCGCGAGUGGCGUCAAUCGAUUACCUAGAGUGAACAGG